GACAAGAUGGUGGAACCUUUGGGGACGCCUCACGAUCACUCGAUGCCGGCCCUGGACCGUGAAGGCGCGGGGGAGCUGUCUCCCUACCAGAGAUUGAGCCAGCGCAUGCAGGACAUCACCGGAGACAGGGGGGUGUUAAAGGAGGUCAUCCGUGAGGGCGCCGGAGACUUGGUGACCCCUGAUGCCUCCGUGCUAGUGAAAUACUCUGGGUAUCUGGAACAUGUGGACAAGCCCUUUGACACCAACUGCUAUAGGAAGAUUCCUCGACUAAUGAAACUUGGAGAAGAGAUAACCCUGUGGGGCAUGGAAGUGGGCCUGUUAACAAUGCGGAAAGGAGAGCUGGCCCGAUUUCUCUUCAAGCCACGCUAUGCUUAUGGGGCGCUGGGCUGUCCACCCUUGAUUCCACCCAACACCACUGUCCUGUUUGAGUUGGAGCUGCUGGACUUCCUGGACUCUGCGGAGUCAGAUGAAUUCUUCGCCUUAACUGCUAAGCAGCAGGACGUGUUCCCACUCGAGAAAGUGCUGAAGGUGGCAGGCACAGAGCGUGAAUUUGGCAACUACCUCUUUCGCCAGAACCGCUUUCAUGAUGCCAAGGAAAGAUACAAAAGGGCCUCCUUGAUUCUUUGCCGCAGGCCUUUUCACCCUGGGGAACAGGAUCAGAUAGAGAGUGCCAAGCUGCUGGUCUUCCUUAACCUGUCCUUCACUUACCUCAAGUUGGACCGGCCCACCCGGGCCCUGGUCUAUGGGGAGCAAGCUUUGGCUAUUGAUCAGAAAAAUGCCAAGGCCCUCUUCAGAUGUGGACAGGCUUGUCUUAUCAUGACUGAGUAUGAGAGAGCCCGGGAUUUCCUUGUCCGAGCCCAGAGAGAGCAGCCCUUGAACCACGACAUCAAUAAUGAGCUGAAGAAGCUAGCCAGCUGUUACAGACACCACAUGGAGAAGGAGAAAGAAAUGUGCUCCCGAAUAUUUUCUCCUCUUCAUUCCUCUGCUGUGCAACAGAGCUGAAGCCCUUUCCUCACAGCACCCCGGGAGCCAUGAUGCCAAGGAUCAUUGGCCACACUCUGCAGAUGGAGAAAUGAGCCCCCGGCAUUUAAGGGAUUUGCUUCUGUUCCAUAGCAGUGAAGGCUACAAGUCGGGGCUCGCUGCUCCACAUCUAGGACUGUGUUGGUCUCUCACUCUGCACUGGCAUUCAGUAAACUAUGAGGAACAAAGAAGUGGUUAAUGUGCU